UAGGGCGGGCGGAGGGCGGGAGGCUCCAGGGACUGUCCCCAGCUGUUCUACGCUGCGCAUCUGGUUCCGCUUCCUCCCUCCCAGGGAAGUGAAAGUGGAGGGGAGGGCGCAACCCAGAGCUAGCUAGCUGUGCUCGACAUCCCACAACCUGAAGCUCCCGCGGGCACUCAAGCCAGAGCACCCCUCCUUCGAGCUAGGGUCACGCGGCUGCUGGCGCUGCUGCCGUCACGUCCUCGGCAGUCCCUGCGCGCGCUUCUCUCGGCCCUCCGGCCUCUUGUUCAGCCACCUCCCCCGCGGCGCGCCCUCUGUCCUAGCCCUGACUUCCCGUCAUUCGGCAUGUGGGCGUCGGGACCCAAAGUCGCCCCAGUGCCGUUGUUUUCCCCCGAGGGAGAAGGGGCUGCAUUCUAUAGGACUCUUCCCUGGCUGGAUAAGGGAAGGCCUGGGUACACAAGUCCUGUUGAACCGGGUCCACCCACUUGCCUAUAGAGGGUCUCACCUAACGGCUUUUGCCUACUGUCUUGGAGCACAGAACUACUAUUGGCCUGCAAGUGGAUGAAAGAGUGAGCUGUGUCCUGGAGUUAAAUCAGGAGGCUGACGCUGACUCCUGGCUUCACCUCUCAGAUGUAGAGAAGCUCAAGCUAAAUUUAGCUUGAGUUGGGGCAUGUGUGUCCAGAGGCCAGGUUAAGAAGACAGCCGGCUUGGCUCUAGUUCUCUGAGGAAGAGUGGGAGGUUAAAUAGACUGUGCAUCCUGGAGACAUUGAAAGCUUCCGUGCCUUGCACAGGAUCCUUAGUGUGAGGUCUGCGUUGGUCUGAUGCUGUGCUGGCACCUUACACAGUACUACCCCCCCCACCCCCCUGAGCGAUACCACACACCCAUAGGCUGACUUAUGCUGAGCUAGCUACUGCUUCCCCUUCGCAGCCAUUUCAGGAAGUAACCUCCCUUCCCCUCUGAAGCACUCUCUCAGCCUCUAGCCCCUUGCAAGCCACCCGACAGGCUUCUUCCCACCUUCAGCACCCUGGGGCACCUCAGGACUCUUGGGGCUUCCACUCCCCAGGGUCAGGCCAUGGAGGCAGAUGCAGUAAGUGAAGGCGGGGCCAUGGCGGAGGAGCGGCCUCCCCGGUUGGUGGAUUACUUCGUGGUGGCUGGGCUUGCAGGAAACGGAGCACCUAUACCAGAGGAGACGUGGGUUCCCGAACCUACCGGGCCCCUGCGCCCUACCCGGCCAGCUGAACCUAUUACAGAUGUGGCAGUCAUCGCUAGGGCACUGGGCGAGGAGGUGCCCCAGGGCUAUACUUGCAUUCAGACUUCUGCUGGUGGCCAUCCCUUGGAGCUCAGUGCUGGGCUCCUGGGUGGAACUCAACCAGUCAUCUGCUACCGCAGGGGGCGUGACAAGCCCCCCCUCGUUGAGCUGGGGGUGUUAUAUGAAGGGAAGGAACGACCUAAGCCUGGGUUCCAAGUGCUUGACACGACACCGUACAGCCACUCAGCCAACCUGGCCCCUCCAGGCCCUGGGCACCCCCGCACCUACCUCAUGUACCGGCGGGCAGCAGAAGGGGCGGGGCUGCAUGCCCUGGGCAUUACUGACCUCUGCCUGGUUCUGCCCAGCAAGGGUGAGGGCACUCCUCAUACUUACUGCCGGUUAUCCCGCAACCUCAACCCUGGCAUGUGGGGCCCAGCAGUGUACCUGUGCUACAAGGUGGGCCUGGCCAAGGCCAACACACUGGUGUAUGAGGCAGAGCUGCUGGGCCGCUACCCAGAGGAAGACAAUGAGGCGUUUCCGCUGCCCGAGUCAGUACCAGUCUUCUGCCUGCCCAUGGGGGCCACUAUCGAGUGCUGGCCUGCCCAGACCAAGUACCCAGUACCUGUCUUCUCCACCUUUGUGCUCACGGGUGCUGCUGGUGAUAAGGUGUAUGGUGCCGCUUUGCAGUUCUAUGAAGCGUUCCCGAGGGCCAGGCUGUCAGAGAGGCAGGCACGGGCACUGGGCCUGCUGAGUGCCGUGGAACGGGGCCGGGCACUGGGAGGCAGAGCAGUGCGCAGCCGGCGAGCCAUCGCUGUGCUGUCCCGCUGGCCAGCCUUCUCAGCCUUCCGAGCCUUCCUCACCUUCCUUUACCGCUACUCUGUCUCAGGCCCCCAUCGUCUGCCCUUGGAAGCGCACAUCUCCCACUUCAUUCACAACGUCCCGUUCCCUUCCCCACAGAGACCACGAAUCCUAGUGCAGAUGUCUCCCUAUGACAACCUGCUCCUCUGUCAACCUGUCUCCUCACCCCUGCCCCUCAGUGGUGCUAGCUUUUUGCAGCUGCUGCAAAACCUGGGCCCAGAAUUGGCUAUUACAUUGCUGCUGGCUGUGCUCACAGAGCACAAACUGCUGGUCCACUCGCUGCGGCCAGAUCUGCUCACCAGCGUGUGCGAGGCCCUUGUCUCAAUGAUUUUCCCUCUGCACUGGCAGUGCCCCUACAUUCCGCUGUGCCCACUAGUACUGGCGGAUGUGCUGAGUGCCCCUGUGCCCUUCAUUGUGGGUAUCCACUCCAGUUAUUUUGAUCUGCAUGAUCCACCUGCUGAUGUCAUCUGUGUUGAUCUUGAUACCAACACGCUCUUCCAGACAGAGGAAAAGAAGCCCCUCUCUGCUAGGACCCUUCCCCGAAGACCAUACAAGCUUUUGCUGGCCACACUGACAAAUCUGUACCAGCAGCUGGACCAGACUUACACUGGACCAGAGGAAGAGGCCUCCUUGGAAUUCCUGCUGACAGACUAUGAGGCAGUGUGUGGCCGCAGGACUCGCCUGGAACGGGAAGUCCAGGGAGCCUUCCUGCGCUUCAUGGCCUGUCUGCUCAAAGGCUACCGGAACUUCCUUCGCCCUCUCACCCAGGCCCCCUCCGAGGGGUCUCGAGAUGUUGACAACCUUUUCUACCUUCAGGGUUUCCUCAAGUCCCGGGAACGCUCAAGCCACAAGCUGUACUCUCAGCUGCUGCACACACAGAUGUUCUCACAGUUCAUUGAGGAAUGCUCUUUUGGCUCUGCCAGGCAUGCAGCCCUGGAAUUCUUUGACUCUUGUGUUGACAAGGUCCACCCGGAGCAGGAGAAGCCUGAGCCCACACCCUUAGUGGAGCUGGAGGAACUAUCAGGAAGUGAGCUCACUGUCUUUAUCACACCUCCAGAGGAACCACCAGUACUGGAAGGCAGUGAAUCUACUCCUCAGUACUGUUAUGACGGGUUUCCAGAGCUAAAGGCUGAGCUAUUUGAGUCUCCUCAGGAACAACAGAGGGCCCUACCUGUGCCAGGCCCAUCACGGAGUGCCCCCAGCAGUCCUGCGCCUCGCCGUACUAAACAGGAGAUGAAGGUUGCACAGAGAGUGGCACAGAAGUCAGCCACUGUGCCUGAGCUGUGGGCCCGGUGCUUACUGGGUCACUGCUAUGGACUGUGGUUCUUAUGCCUGCCUGCCUAUGUGCGUUCUGUAUCGUCCCGGGUGCGAGCGUUACAUACAGCCUACCAUGUGUUACGUGAAAUGGAGAGCCGCAAGGUGGUGCUCCCUGACGAGGUAUGUUACCGGGUGCUGAUGCAGCUCUGCUCACACUAUGGGCAGCCUGUGCUGUCUGUGCGAGUCAUGCUAGAGAUGCGACGGGCAGGCAUUGUGCCCAACACCAUCACCUACGGUUACUACAACAAGGCUGUGCUGGAAAGCAAAUGGCCAUCUGGUACUCCGGGUGGACGCCUACGCUGGGCCAAGCUCCGGAACGUCGUCUUGGGGGCUGCUCAGUUCCGCCAGCCCUUAAAGGACCGAAGGCGGCAGCAGCAGCAGCAGCAGCAGCAGCAGCAGCAGCAACAGGUGGCUGAGCAGCAAAAGUCCGGCAGCUCUCAGACAGAGCCCUGUCUGGAGCGUCCCUCCCCAACCCGCCCUCUUCAGCGCCAGACUACUUGGGCUGGGCGAAGUCUACGGGAACCGUCUUCACCCACGGGCCGCCUGGUCAAGAGUGGCAGCUUAGGCAGUGCCCGUGGGGCACAGCCCACGGUGGAGGCUGGUGUAGCUCACAUGAUAGAGGCCUUGGGGGUCCUCGAGCCCCGUGGAUCACCUGUGCCUUGGCAGGAUGGAAGCCUGUCAGACCUGAGUCUGACAGGGGAAGAACUGGCUCCUGGAGGCAGCCCGGGGGGCUCGGGUUCAGCCCUGAGUGCCCAGUCCACUGAGGCCCUAGAAGGGAUAAGUGGGCGGGGUUCCAAAACUAGUGGAUGUCCAGAGGAGGUGGGCACCCCCAAAAAAGGGCUGGGUGCCCGCCUCCAACAGCUGCUAACCCCUUCCCGCCGCGCCUCUGCUUCCCGCAUCCCCCAACCUGAUUUGCCCCUUGACCUGCCUCCUGCGGCCCGCCGGAGUCCUAUGGAUAGCCUUCUGUGGCCCCGAGAACGCCCUGGAUCCACUGCUUCUGAGAGCUCUGCUUCUCUGGGCAGUGAGUGGGAUAUCUCAGAGUCUUCCCUCAGCAGCCUGAGCCUUCGCCGGUCCUCAGAGCGUCUCAGUGACACCCCUGGCGCUUUCCAACCACCCUCCCUGGAAAUUCUGAUGUCUAGCUGUUCCCUGUGCCAUGCCUGUGAUUCCCUGGUGUACGAUGAGGAAAUCAUGGCUGGCUGGGCACCCGAUGACUCGAACCUCAAUACAACGUGUCCCUUCUGCGCCUGUCCCUUUGUGCCCCUGCUCAGUGUCCAGACUCUUGAUUCUCGACCCAGCGCACCUAGUCCAAAGUCUUCCCUUGCUGGUGCCAGUGGCUGCAAAGACGCUCCUGCCCCUGGGGGUCCUGGCCCUGUGCUCAGUGACCGGAGGUUGUGCCUUGCCCUGGAUGAGCCCCAGCUCUGCAAUGGGCAUAUGGGGAGUGCUUCCCGGCGAGUGGAGAAUGGGGCAUGGGCGUACCUGAGCCCUCUGGUGCUGCGUAAGGAACUGGAAUCUCUGGUAGAGAAUGAGGGCAGUGAGGUGUUGGCAUUGCCUGAACUGCCUGCUGCCCACCCUAUCAUCUUCUGGAACCUCCUGUGGUACUUCCAACGGCUACGCCUGCCUAGUAUUUUACCAGGCCUGGUGUUGGUCUCCUGUAAUGGGCCACCACCCAGCCAGCUCUCCCAGGGACCAUCGCCCUGGCUAACCCCCGAUCCAGCUUCUGUGCAUGUGCGUCUGCUGUGGGAUGUCCUGACCCCUGAUCCUAACAGCUGCCCACCUCUCUACGUGCUCUGGAGGGUUCACAGCCAGGUCCCACAGCGGGUGGUGUGGCCAGGCCCAGUACCCUCAUGUCUUAGCUUGGCAUUACUGGAGUCAGUGUUGCGCCAUGUCGGACUCAAUGAGGUUCAUAAAGCGGUUGGGCUUCUGCUGGAGACACUGGGGCCCCCUCCCACUGGCCUGCACCUGCAGAGGGGAAUCUACCGUGAGAUCUUAUUCCUGACCAUGGCUGCUCUGGGCAAGGACCACGUGGAUAUAGUGGCCUUCGACAAGAAGUACAAGUCUGCCUUUAACAAGCUGGCCGGCAGCAUGGGGAAGGAGGAACUGAGGCAGCGGCGGGCACAGAUGCCUACUCCCAAGGCCAUUGACUGCCGAAAGUGUUUUGGAGCACCUCUGGAAUGCUAGGGACCCUUAAGCUCCCCUCUUCAGCCUUGGGUGGAGAGGUGAGGAAGAGUGGAUUCUAGACAUAGCCUGACUCCCUGUUCCCUUCACAGAGGAAUUGGAAACAGGAUGCUCAGCCAUAGGCUCCAAGUGGGAACAGCAGAAGGAGGGACCCACUGUUACCCAAAGUCAUAGUUCCCCUAUCUCCAACCUGCCCUGUGUGUUUACGCUGAUGUGGGAGGAGAGCUAGGGAAGUUGGCACAACUCCAUCUUUCUCCAUCCCAUCCCAGGGGCUCCUUUCCAGGGAUCUCAGAUCUGCAGUGCCCUGGUAGAUUUAGAAGUUUUUGUUUUAAAAAACAACUGGAAAAAUUCAGAGCUCCUGAGCCUUUGCCCUGAAUGGAAGGGAGGAAUUUCAUUCCUUGAGUCUCUUCCCUGACAUUGCUAAAGGAGCCCAAGGCAAUCUUAGUGUUGUAUUCUAUUUAGUUAUUUAUUCUGAGGCCACAGCUCCUGUACUUAUGGGAGUCUCAAGGAGGGUAAGGAAGAAGGGAAUUAGAUUUGCAGCGCCUUGAGAGCCAUGCCCUGGGACUCAGAGGAGUCCCAGGCUUCCCUUAGGAAGAACUGGUGCCUCUUCUAGUCCCAAUCCUUCUUGUCCACUCCACCUUGGGGAAUGCCUCUCCCGUCCAUGGCCUUGACCUGUGCAAUAAGGAUUGUUCUCUGCAAAGUUUUGUUGGAUGUAAAUAUAGUAAAAGCUGCUUCUGUC